GAACACUCAGUGAACACACACAAGGAAACGACUUGUUUUCCAGACGCCAGCAUCGGAAAUUUCCACAGACACUGAAAAGUUAAGCCCAGAAAGCAAAAAUUCGAAAAUGAUUGGAGUGCGGGGAACUUUCAAGGUUUUGGCGGCCAUAUCGGGAAUGCUGUUCAUGGGCUAUUGCGUGUAUUUCGACAAGAAGCGUCGCAGUGAUCCGGAGUUCAAGAGGAAGUUGCACGAGAGGCGCCACCAACGGGCCCUCCCAGUCAUGGGAUUGGGAUCCUCGGGAUCUUCGGCUAGCGUGAGCGACAAGGACAUCGAGAUGUACUUCAUGACCCAGAUCCACAAGGGCGAAGGACUGAUCACGAAUGGCGACAUUGAGGGCGGCGUGGACCACCUCAUCAACGCGAUCCUUGUCUGCACCCAGCCGGGAAAACUGCUGCAGGUCCUUCAGAACACUCUGCCCGUGGAGAUCUUCACCAUGAUGCUGAUCAAGAUGCAUGCUUAUGAGUCCGCCGAACGCAGUUCCCCGAUCGUCGUGGAUGAGGAAGGUGUCAGUGCCCUUGAAUAGGCCACUUGGCCACAAAAAUUAAGGGUCUCUGGUGUUUUUUUCUGCCCCGCCAAGGGAAAACUUUUCUCUGACGGCAGUCUCGAGUGGCAGAGUACAUUCAUUUGGUUCACGUAUCUCGGGCAAAUACAUACAAUGUAUACUGGUA